AUGACGAGCAUGCUUUUUGGUGCAGCAAGCUCACCAUUCCUGGCCCAUAGCGUCAGAAAUAGAAACGCUAUGGACAACGCUGAUGAGUUCCCGGAUGCUGUGGAAGACAUCACACGUAAUCAUUACAUGGACGAUUACGUAGCCAGCUACCCGGAUGAGAAGGAACUCUUACAUCGUGCUACGCAAGUUGCGUCGUCUCACGCCAAGGGAGGGUUCCAGUUACGAGGGUGGACUUCAAACAGUGUGAAGCUACUCCAGCAGAUCCCGACGGAGUUACACGCAAGUACACCGGCACAGCUCGGCAAAGGCAAGGAAAAUAAGAUCCUCGGGAUGUACUGGAACCCUGAAACCGACCAGUUGGGUUUCAACACAACAAUGAUAAGGGUACCGGCCGAAGUGAAGGAAAUGAUACAGACGCCUACGAAGAGGCAAAUGUUAUCGGCCGUGAUGUCAGUAUAUGACCCGCUGGGGCUGUUAAGCCACUAUACUAUAACAGCAAAAGUUCAGCUGCAAAAUCUGUGGGCCAAGAAGCUGGACUGGGACUCUCCACUGCCAGAAGAGGAUAAGCGUGACUUCGAGGCCUGGCUGCGAGCUCUGGAUAGCGUCGCGAAGCUCAGGAUACCAAGAUGCUAUCUUUCAACGGGGGCAGUGGCGAGAAGGGAACUACAUGUGUUCGUGGACGCCAGCACCAAAGCAUACGCAUGCGUGGCGUACUGGCGAGUAGCCUCAAAUGGCGGGGAGGCACAAGUGAGCCUAAUCGCGGCAAAAAGUAAGGUUGGGCCAACGAGGCAACUCAGCAUACCACGCAUGGAACUUCAGUCGGCGCUCAUCGGGUCAAGGCUACAGCAGACCAUCCGAGAGGAGCAUCGUCUGACACCAGAUCAGGUCAUCAAGUGGACGGAAAUCUGCCGCGCAAUGUGUGGCCACGCGGCAUCGUCACCCAGGUGUACCCAGGACCGGAUGGUGGAAUACGAUCGGCUGACGUGCAAACCCGAGGAGGCGUGUUCCGGAGGCCCGUCACAAAGUUGGCUGUCCUACCGUUGCAACAGGAGCAGUCGCAGGAGCGUCAGCGGGGGCAGACUAUACAUCAUCCACGGCUCCGACUAUCCUUAG